AAGCAGACCUGACAACCGGCCAGAGCCAAGGCGAGAGCAAAAACGCCCCUGCCUAGAAAGAAAGAAAAAGGGGGAUCUGGGGAGCACAUUCACGCGCGGGCCUCGCCAGUCCUUUACUCCUGGGAAAACACCCUCUUGCCUUCCUUUGGAGCCUUGGAACCCUUCGAGGGAAACAAAAUCCGCAGCGGGGGUUCGCUGGAAGGAAAGUGGCGACCGGCAUCGGGGGGAGGGGGCUUUGAAGACGGCUGCCUGACGACCCCCAGCCCCGUGCUACCGAGCGAAAUACGCGCACCCUCGCCGCCAUCCCUUCGCCCGAAGCCAUCAGGAAUUAUCUUCUCGUCCCCUGAGGGAUUUCCAGAUCGUUGAUUAUUUUAAGCUGCUUUGGGAAGCUUUUUCUCCGCCUCUGGGAAUUAACUGGCUUUUCUCUCCUUUUCCUCUCCCGGCUGGAGAAGAGCGAAGCUUAAGGAAGGCGCGAGAACUGCGGCGAGAGAGGCAAAGCGGAGGGCGAAAGUUGCCCCUCGAGACUCUUCCUCUUUCCCCAAAAAUUGCCUCCCCGAGAGCUGUCAGUUAUCCAAAGGGCGUCUCUACGGCCGCAGAGGCAGCGGCAGAGGCAAGAGCGCGUGUGAGAGACUCGAAACGAGCCAGCCCGUCUUUCGAAGUCCCCGCUGGCCAAGCUGGGAGACGAGGCUUCUCCUGCCGGCGCUCCUUGACAGACCCUCGUCUUGUUUUCUUCUGUUUUCUUUGCCGGGAGGAAGAGAAGGGGCGAGAAGAAAAGCGAGCCGCUCUCUCCCUCAAGAUGGGAGGCCGGUCCCUGUUGGCUCUCAUCUCUUGCGUGCUUCUCUUGCCCAGCCAGGUCUGGAGCUCCGGCGUGUUCGAGCUGAAGCUGCAGGAGUUCGUCAACAAGAAAGGGCUUCUGGGCAACCGCAACUGCUGCCGGGGAGGCCUCGGCGCGGCCCUGCCCAGCAGCGGCGGCUCGCCGUCCGGGCUGCAGCAGUGCGACUGCAAGACCUUCUUCCGCGUGUGCCUCAAGCACUAUCAAGCCAGCGUCUCUCCGGAACCGCCCUGCACCUACGGCAGCGCCAUCACCCCGGUUCUGGGAGCCAAUUCCUUUAGCGUACCCGACAGCGCUGCCGGCGGCGACCCCUCCUUCAGCAACCCCAUCCGCUUCCCCUUCGGUUUCACCUGGCCGGGUACUUUCUCCCUCAUCAUAGAAGCGCUACACACAGACUCCCCUGAUGACCUCAACACAGAGAACCCAGAGCGCCUCAUUAGCCGCCUGGCCACCCAGAGACACUUGACUGUUGGGGAAGAAUGGUCCCAGGACCUGCACAGCAGUGGCCGCACUGACCUCAAGUAUUCAUACCGUUUUGUGUGUGAUGAGCACUACUAUGGGGAAGGCUGCUCUGUCUUUUGUCGUCCCAGGGAUGAUGCCUUUGGCCACUUCACUUGUGGAGAACGUGGGGAGAAAGUCUGCAAUCCAGGCUGGAAGGGGCAGUACUGCACUGACCCAAUUUGCUUGCCUGGAUGUGAUGAACAGCAUGGAUACUGUGACAAGCCUGGGGAAUGCAAGUGCAGAGUUGGCUGGCAAGGUCGCUACUGUGAUGAAUGCAUCCGAUACCCAGGGUGCCUUCAUGGUACCUGUCAACAGCCUUGGCAAUGCAAUUGUCAGGAAGGCUGGGGCGGUCUUUUUUGUAAUCAGGAUCUCAAUUAUUGUACUCACCACAAGCCUUGUAAAAACAGUGCCACUUGCACCAACACUGGCCAAGGGAGCUAUACCUGUUCUUGCCGUCCGGGCUACACUGGUUCCAACUGUGAGAUUGAAAUCAAUGAAUGUGAUGCCAAUCCCUGCAAGAAUGGGGGAAGCUGUACUGAUCUAGAAAACAGCUAUUCUUGCACUUGUCCACCUGGGUUCUAUGGGAAGAAUUGUGAGCUGGGAGCUAUGACUUGUGCAGAUGGUCCAUGUUUCAAUGGAGGUCGAUGCACAGACAACCCAGAAGGUGGCUACAGCUGCCGUUGCCCAGUGGGUUACUCUGGAUUUAACUGCGAAAAGAAAAUUGACUACUGCAGUUCUAGUCCCUGUGCUAACGGAGCCCAGUGUGUUGAUCUUGGGAACUCCUACAUAUGCCAAUGUCAGGCUGGCUUCACUGGAAGACACUGUGAUGAUAAUGUGGACGACUGUGCUUCCUUUCCUUGCUUGAAUGGUGGGACUUGCCAAGAUGGGAUCAAUGACUACUCUUGUACCUGCCCCCCUGGAUACAGUGGAAAGAACUGCAGUAUGCCUGUCAGUAAAUGUGAACAUGGCCCUUGUCAUAAUGGGGCCACGUGCCAUGAGAGAAACAACCGCUAUGUUUGUGAGUGUGCUCGAGGAUAUGGUGGUCACAACUGCCAGUUUUUGCUCCCAGAACCACCUCCUGGGCCAGUCAUUGUUGACAUCACUGAGAAGUAUACUGAAGGUCAGAGUUCUCAGUUUCCUUGGAUUGCAGUGUGUGCUGGAAUUAUUCUGGUCCUGAUGCUCUUGCUGGGCUGUGCAGCUAUUGUUGUCUGCUUCCGACUUAAAAUACAGAAAAGGCAACAUCAGCCUGAUGCGUGCAGAAGCGAAAGCGAGACUAUGAACAAUUUGGCCAAUUGCCAGAGGGAGAAGGACAUUUCUAUAAGUGUCAUUGGUGCUACCCAGAUCAAGAACACUAAUAAGAAAGUCGAUUUCCAUAGUGAUCAUGCUGACAAAAAUGGCUACAAAGCCAGAUAUCCAUCAGUGGAUUACAAUUUAGUGCAUGAACUCAAGAAUGAGGACUCUGUGAAAGAAGAUCAUGGCAAAUGUGAAGCAAAGUGUGAAACGUAUGAUUCUGAGGCAGAGGAGAAAAGCACAGUACAGCUAAAGAGUGAAACCUCUGAAAGGAAACGACCAGAAUCUGUAUAUUCCACUUCAAAAGAUACAAAGUACCAGUCGGUGUAUGUCAUAUCAGAAGAGAAAGAUGAAUGCAUCAUAGCAACAGAGGUGUAAAGGAAAGGCAAUAUGGCAAAAUCGUUUUUUUGAAACAAUUUUCAAAGGUGAUAUGCCCCAAUGAAUGCUGCUGAACAAGGAAAGGGAGAAAGAUUCCUUCACUGACUGCUGCUGAGAAACUAAAUUCAGGCUGAGCUGGUUCUCUACUGAAGUUAGCAAAAGUGACUGCAAAGAAAACACGGUGGACACUAGGCCAGGGUCUGUGUUCAAGGAUACCUGUUGCACUGCCUUUUAUGAAUAUUUAUCAUUGCACUAUGGUCAGUUGCUUUUUUCUAUAUAUAUAUUUAAUGAAUGGACUUAAUAUCGCAUAAGAAGCAUGCACUGCCUGAAGUGUAUAUUUUGGAUUCUUAUGAGCCAGUUGUCUUGAAUUAGAGAUACACACACUGCCUUUUUGUCCUUUUUUAUACUAAAAUGUGUUUUUACUAGGUGGGGAAAGUGUGGUUUUGUUUUUUAAUUUGUAAAAAUUAUUUUCAGGAUAUUUGUAAAGCUUGAGUAUUUUGUGAUGUUUCUUUUUUAUAAUUUAAAUUUUUGGUAAAUAUGUACAAAGGCACUUCGGAUCUAUGUGACUAUAUUUUUUGUAUAUAAUGUAUUUAUGGAAUAUUGUGAAAAACGUUAUUUGAGGGUUUUUUUACUGUUUAUGAUGAAAUUCAUUUUUAAACUAUUUUUCCAAAAUAAAUAUUAAUUAUA